AUGUCGCUGCACAGCGACGAGAAGAUCACGCCCAGUGCCGAAGAGAAGGCCGGCCCGGGCUUCGUCGAGAGCAAGGAGUACGCCGAUGCCGACACCAACGCCUUUGGCCAGAAGGACGGCGAGCAGCUGCGCCACGAUGCACUGCUGCCGCGCCACGUCGCCAUGAUCAGUAUCGGCGGUGUCAUCGGCACAGGCUUGUUCAUCGGCACCGGCAACUCCCUAGCCAACGGUGGCCCAGUCGGCUUGUGGCUUGGCUAUAUCUCGAUGGCCACGGUGUGCUACGCGAUGAUGCAGCCGCUCGGCAUCAUGGUCUCGUACAUGCCCGUGCCCGGAGGCCACAUCAAGCUCGCCGAGCGCUUCAUCUCGCCCUCGAUGUCCUUCGCCAUGGGCUGGCUCUACUGGUUCAACUGGACGAUCAUUCUGCCUGCCGAGGUGACUGCCGCCGCCGUGCUGAUCUCUUUCUGGUCGCCGGACACCUCGCCCGCCAUUUGGAUGUCGAUCGCUCUCCUUGUCAUCAUCGGCAUCAACUUCCUGGGCACGCGUGCCUUUGGCGAGUGCGAGUUCUGGUUUGCCUCCAUCAAGAUCAUCUGCAUCGUCGGCCUGAUCAUCCUCAGCUUCGCGAUCGACGUCGGAGCGGGCGACCAGGGUGUUCUGGGCUUCCGGUACUGGCGGCGGCCGGGCCCAUUUGUUUUCUAUAACGGCGUCCCUGGAAGCUUGGGCCAGUUCCUCGGCUACUGGAGUGUGUUGAUCAACAGCGCCUUCUCCUUCAUCGGAACGGAGAUCUGCGCCAUCGCAGCCGGCGAGGCCAAGAAUCCGCGCAAGACGCUGCCGAAGGCGAUCUCGCGCGUUUGGGUCCGUAUCCUCGGGUUUUACGGCACACUGGCGAUCUCCGUUACCUGCCCGUCGAACGAGCCCGACCUGAUCCUCGGCAGCAAGACGGCGCGCUCGCCGUUCGUCAUUGCGAUCAAACUCGCUGGCAUCAAGACGCUGCCUUCCAUCGUCAACGCCUGCUUUGUUACCUCGGCCGUGUCCGCUGGCUCCUCCGACCUGUACACUAGCUCGCGCGCUCUCUACGGUCUCGCAAUCGCCGGCCAGGCGCCCCGUAUCUUCGCCAAGACCACCAAGGGCGGCCUGCCAUGGGUUGCGUUGCUCGUAGGCGUUGCAAUUUCGUCGCUCAGUUACAUGAGCGUUUCGGCCGGCGGAGGCAAGGUGUUCGGCUGGUUCUCGAACCUGACGUCCAUCUGCGGUAUGCUCACCUGGACUUGCAUCGGUCUGCUGUACAUCCGCUUCCACGCUGCGAUUAAGGUGCAGAACUUCGACCAGUCGCUGCUGCCCUUCAAGCACAAGGGCGCCAUCUUCCUUGCGUGGUACGUCGUCAUCUGGACAAGCCUCAUCAUGCUCUUCUGCGGCUUCCACGUCUUCCUCGCGGGCAACUGGGACCUGGCCACGUUCAUCACGUCGUACCUGCCGAUCCCGCUCUUCUUCAUCCUCCUCGGCGUGACCUGGUGGCGCGACGGCUGCAAGGCAUGGGUGCGCCCCGAGGACAUGGACCUGUACUCGGGCGUGCAGGAGAUCAUCGACGCCGAGGUCGAGGAGCCGCCGCCGAAGAACCUCUGGGAGAAGAUCUGGCAAAAGGUCUAG